AUGCGCAAGAGCAGAGCACCCGCCGAGAGCGGCAAGGCCAAGGAGCUGGUGCUGGCCAACAAGAACCUACACGUCCUGCCGGUGAGGGAGACGCUGCGAUCGGACGUGGUGGCGCUGGAUCUGCGGGAGAACUUUCUCAUUGCCCUCCCCGAGGCCAUUGGCAACAUGUCGGGCCUUGUUGCCCUCACCGUCGCCCUCAACAGGCUCUCAGCCCUCCCGGCUGCUGUCUGCUCGCUCGCCUCGCUCACCUUUCUCGACGUAUCAUACAACGCCAUCACGGUCCUCCCUCCGGCCAUCGGUGCGCUCGGCGCCCUGGUCCAGCUCAAUGUACAGGGUAACGCGCUGGCCGAUCUGCCGUCAUCGCUCGCGGCUUGCACCCGGCUCGAGCUGCUCAACCUCAACAAGAACGCCUUUGUCGCCCUUCCGGCGCCCAUCGCGCACCUCGCCUCGCUCACCCACCUCGACGCGUCGGACAACGCGCUGGUAACUUGCGCUGGCUCCUUGGCCGCGGGCCUCACCUCGCUUACCUCGCUCGAUCUGGCCGACAACGCGCUCGCUGUCUUCCCGCCGGAGAUUCUCAGCCUCACCCAGCUUGCGGUCCUCAACCUCGAGCGCAACCGCAUCGUCUCGCUGCCGACCGAGUACGCCGCUUUUGACGCCGCCGCCACCGCCAUCGAAGACGAGGUUCUUUUCAACGGCAACCCGCUCGCAGACCCGCCCAAGAAGAUUCUCUGGGACUCGAUGAUCGGCAAGUACAUGGCGCAUCCGGUCCACGCUGCGGUCUCACACUUGGCGGCCGCCGAGGCCGGCCUGCGCCUCGGCACUUCAGAUGACCCGGAGCUCGCCUCCCUCGCCCGCCUCCCGCUCGACCUCCGCCUCGUUGUCUACGCGUGGUCGGUCGCCGCCGCCGCCGCCGAGGCGACAACACCGCUCGGCGACGACGACGACGACGACGCGCCACCGCCGCCGAUCCCGGAAGGCGUCUCGGCCAGCGCUGUUGACCAUGUUGCCCGUAUUUGCGCGCCCGAGCUGUUUCCGUGGCAGCUCUUUACCCAGCGUGUUGCGCUGGAGACUGCCCUCAUCGCCUACAAGCGGGCAGCACCCGAGCCUGGCUCAGCCGGCGACGCCCCGGGCGCGUCGGAAGCAGAUGGACCCGGCUCUGUGGCGUAAGUGUGCGUUCCAUGAGCAACGAAAGGGAACACUGUUUAUCACGUCAGCUGGGUCAGCAGCGCAUCGAGAUCGUCCAACUCGCUCUGGGUGACGCCGCCGCCGAUGUCGGCCGCCUGCGACUGACCGCCUCCUGCCGCCUCGGGCUCGAGCUCAGCGAGAAGGUCGUCCAUGUCAAAGGCCUCG